UGGUGAGCUGCACUAGGAAGAUCGCACAAACUCAGACACUGAAGUGGGGAGUAGCAUACAUUACUUUCUUAGCUCAAGAAAUGGCCAAGGGAGCCGUGAUGCUUCUUGUUCUCUUCACGGUGCUGUCAGCGGUGAGCGAAGCCCAGCUGCAGCACGGGCCCGGUCACAGGACCUUGUCCCACGGGCAUCGCCGGUCCGCCGACCCCGCGGCGCCGACACACCUCCACUUCUUCUUCCAUGACACCGUGAGCGGCGCGUCUCCGUCUGCGGUGCGGGUGAUCGGUCCGGCGAACCCGUCGUCCCCAACCUUUUUCGGGAUGGUGAACGUGAUGGACGACCCGCUGACCGAAGGCCCGGAGCCCGGCUCGGCGGCCGUCGGCCGCGCCCAGGGCCUAUACAUGGGGGCUGACCAGGCGCAGUUAGGUUUUCUGCAGACCAUGAACCUCGUGCUCACCUCCGGCCCCUACAACGGCAGCACGCUCGCCGUGCUCGGCCGCAACUGCCCGCUCACCGACGUCCGCGAGAUGCCCGUCGUCGGCGGCACCGGUGCCUUCCGCUUUGCCAGCGGGUACGCGCAGGCCCGAACCCACUGGCUCGACAAGACCGGCGACGCCAUCGUUGAAUACAACGUCUACGUCAUGCACUAGCAGGCAAAUUUUUUCAAGGGCUUUCGCUUUCAAAUGUGAUGCUCCGCAUACCGUUUAUUUUCAUUUUUCUCGUCUGUUUACUUUCGGCCAUGCUUUGAGAUUUGAGCGUUUUCUUUGUCCUAAAUAUCGGUGCCUUUCUUUAGUUAAUCGUCUGGCAAGUUGCAAGAAUAAGUGGCCCUUUGUAAAAGGUGUAUACCUUUUUUUAUUAUUACUGAAACUUACUUGUCGUGCCUUUAUUUA